GAACGCAGCGUGUGUAAACAAACAGAUCGGUCAGGUUUAGCGCGAUCAUGGUCAAGUGUGCGGUGAGAGCAUGUCCGAACCAAAGCUCUCCGAAUCCGAAAGAAAUCAUCAAGCGGCCCCGGAAGCGCUUCUUCAGGUUCCCGGCGGAGAAGAGCCGGGUGAGAGUGUGGCUGGCGGCGCUGCGGGAGCCGGAGGGUUAUUUCUCACCCGAGCACCAGCACAUCUGUGAGGAUCACUUUCUACCCCAGCACAUCACCCCUAACGGGAUCAGCCCCGAGGCCAUCCCCAUCAUGCCACCUCUGGAGGGUGCGCUGCUGGGUACAGGAGGGUGGAGCUCAGCUGAGGAGCCCGGUGAGGAGCCCUCAGACCCGGCUCAAGUGGUGACUGAAAUUCCUCCAGACAAUGCUGAGGAGGAGGAUGAUGAUGAUGAUGAUGAUGAAGAAGAUGAUAAUAAUGAGGAGGAUGAAGACGGUGAAGACUCUGACAACCCAGUGGAUGAACCAUCACAGACGGAUCAUCAUACAUGGAAGGAAGCUGACAAAGAAUGGCUAGACAGACUCCAGGAGAAUCUUAAAAACUCAAGAGGAAAAAAACGUCCAGGCACUACUCCCCGCUCGGAUGUAACACUAGGACAGCUAACCAAGCGCUUCAUAGAUCUGUUUCAGUCUGCUCCAGAGGGUAUUCUCGACCUUAACGAAGCUGCAAAAAUAUUAGGCACUCGCAAGAGGCGGGUCUAUGACAUUACCCACGUGCUCGACGCUAUUAAGCUCAUCACAAAGAAGUCCAAAAAUAAGGUCCAGUGGAUAGGCCCAACACCCAUAAACUACAACAAAGGCUACUCAGAAAAAAAGGUGAAGGUUGACCUGCUGAACCUGAAGACCAUGGAGGAAGCUCUGGACUGGCUAAUUAAAGACUGUGCUCAGCAGCUCUUCGACCUGACAGACCUCAAAAGUUAUGCUAACUCAGCAUAUGUGACAUAUGAUGAUAUAUGUGGAAUUUCAGCACUCCAGGACCAGACUGUAAUAAUAGUUAAGGCACCUGAGGAGACCAAGCUGGAGGUUCCUACACCAACUGAGGAGCGUAUUCAAAUCCACCUGAAGGCAUCUAAAGGUCAGAUCCAUGUACUGACGUGCGAGACAGAUGGACAAGGCAGCAGCACCCAGUCAGAAAAACAGAAAAAAGGACGUUUUCUUACGCUGGAGGAAAGCAGGAUAGAAACAUCACUUCUCAAAGAUGUUAGCUAGAGUCCGUCUGCUGUUCGCAGCGCAUGAGGUCCAGACUACUGACCUUGUGGAACAGGACUAUACGAAUGUUCGAUUACAGUGCUGCAGCUGUAAUGUGCAGGAUUUUAUAUGUGAACCUGCAGUUGUACAGAUGUUACAUAUGCUGUUAGUUAUUAGUAUUAUUUUUAUGAAUUAAUCAUGUCACUUUUUGGAAACGGCACAUUUUCUUUUUGUUGAUCGGCUUGUACAUACUGAAAAUAUACAAAAUGUGUAAAUAACAGUAGCUAGUUCUGUGUACAGUGUUAAUGAUGAUAAAAAUUCAUUAGAAAUUAUUUUUAUACAU